ACCGAAAAUCUUAAUCAAUCGUCAACCAAAAUCUCAGUUGGUAAUCAACUGUUGAUUGAGUUUCUAUUUGGUUUGUUUUAAAUUGAUUUUUUCAAAUUUUCCUUAAUCAUGAAGAUUCCUAAACAAUUGUCAGCUUUUGAAUUCUACAAAUUAGCAAAGGGUAAAAAGUCAAAAUCACCUAAACCCAAGAACUCGAAACGAAGAAGAUCACUUGGUGAUGAACCAUCUACAUCCGAUUUGCCUGAUUUUGGAGCAACACAAUCUUCCGAAUCCCCGUCAACCUCUUCAACAACAAAUAAAAGAACUUUUGGUCAACUAGAAGAACCUUUUUCCAGUAGUAAAAGAGUUCGAUUUGCGGAAGAUGAUGAAUUUGAUGGUCCACAAUCAGAUGGAACCGAUGGCGAUGAUGUUACCGAUAAUGCCAUUAACGAGGAGAAAGAGAAAACAUUUGGUGUUCUCUCGUUUAGAAAUAAAGUCCAUAAAAAGUCAAAAGAGGAAACACCUUCCAAACAGAUCCGUCGAAUUGAGUCCAUUUUGAAACAUAAACAGAGUUACAGUCUCGAUGAUCUUAAAAAAUCUCCAUUCAUCAGUAGCCUCGAUAUUCCAAGCACCACAAUGCCAGAGAUUCCUAUUAGAAUACAAAAAGAAAGUGAUGAAGACACCAAAAGCACCCGAUCUUUCAAUAUUCCUCCAUAUCUAACCGACAGUAGGGAACAAGCUAGAAGAUGUUUCCAAUGGUUGAUUAAUCCAUUUGAUGUUGACCGUUUCAUGUCAGACAAUUGGGAAAAGGAACCAUUGCUAAUUAAACGUGAUAAACCCAAUUAUUACCAAGGUGUUUUUAGUACCGCUGAUUUAGAUCGAGCCUUACGUGAGAGGCAUCUACAGUUUACCAAGAAUAUUGAUAUUACCAGUUACAUAAAUGACGAAAGAAAAACAUAUAAUCCCGAUGGAAGAGCUUAUCCAGCGGUUGUUUGGGAUCAUUUUCAAGUUGGUUGUUCCAUUCGAUUACUUAAUCCACAAACUUAUUCUAGAUCAGUUUGGAAAUUGAAUAGUAUUUUACAAGAAUUUUUCGGUUCCCGUGUUGGUGCCAAUAUUUAUCUUACACCGGCUGGAUCACAAGGAUUCGCACCUCAUUAUGAUGAUAUUGAAGCUUUCGUUUUACAAUUGGAAGGUCGAAAGAUAUGGAAAGUUUAUCCACCUUUAGACGAAGCCAAUACUUUACCACGUUUCUCUAGUAAAAAUUUCAAACGAAGCGAACUCACCGCUCCGCCAUUGAAAACGGUCGAAUUGGAACCCGGUGAUUUCCUUUAUUUUCCUCGAGGAUUCAUUCAUGAAGCUCAAGCGGUUGAAGGUGAACACUCACUUCACAUAACGAUUUCAGUGGCACAGAAAAACACCUACGGAGAUUUAUUACAAAUCCUAUUACCCGCUGCAUUGGAAACUGCUAUGACGGAGGAUCGGGCUUUUCGAGAAUCUCUACCUGUUGAUUAUCUUGCAAACAUGGGAAUUGUUCACGCCGAUGAGAUGUACAACAAUAGAACUGUUUUCCUCUCUAAGAUUAAACAUCUAAUGACCAAAUUAAUUUCUCACAUUAAUGUUGAUUCAGCUGUAGACCAGAAAGCAAAACAAUUACUUCAUGAAAGUUUACCUCCAGUUUUAACAGCUCAAGAAAAGAGGUCAAGUAUCCAUGGGUCAGGUGAAUAUUGGGACGCUGAUUCGGCAACAGUUGAAGGUGGAAUUGAACUUUCCCCUGAAACAUCAAUUCGCCUUCUUCGAUAUGGAAUAGUUAGACUUGUGAUGGAAGAAGAUGUUGUUCGUCUUUAUCAUUGUAUGGAAAAUUCUUAUGAUCCAAAUCAUGAGAUUGAUCCACAAUACGUUGAAAUCGAAUCGAAUCUUGCUCCAGCGAUUGAUUAUCUCAUCAAGAAUUAUCCAAAUUAUGUUGAAAUUUCCAGUCUACCAUUAGAAAAACUUGAUGAAAAGCUCGAAAUAUCUAAUUUAUUAUUUGACAAAGGAUUAAUUACUAUCGUCGAAGCAGAUUCUGAAUCGGAUUAGAUAAAUAACCAUGACAACAUGCAAUCUGGACAUUCGAAUCUCUUUUCGAUUCUAACAAUUACCUCUCUCUCUCCCUCUCUCUUUUUCUUUCUUUCUUUCCUUUCAAUCAUUAAUUGACAACACAAGUGACCUUAAAUACACACCAGAAUCAAUAUUAAUCACUUAGACAAUUCUAAUAAUCGUCUUGAAUUAAAUUGACUGAGAAUUGUCCCUUUAUACCAUCACAAUUACCAAUUUUUGGCAAUAAAUGUGAACAUUGACAUGAAAUCGAUAACAA